CCGGACACUCCGCCCUCGAGUCCCCGGUGAGGACAGCUUCCGUUCCAGAGUUCACAGCUCGAGUUACAGACAGAUAUCUCUCCGCGAUACAGGAUCAUUAGCGGUUAUUAACUAUCGUUAUUAUUAACCGUUCGUUUUUUUUAUUUAGGACUUUGUCUAUAAAAGGAUAAAGACACUUUUGGUAAGAAACUCCGCAGAGUUUUGUCUCAAAGCUGCUUCAACAGUUUUCUGGAGGAACUAAACGGGAUCGAGGAAGUGCCUCGCUUCUAGUAGAAUAGAACCGAGAGAAAAGUGUUUAACCGCAGACAGACUCGUCAUCAGAAUAGUUGAACAAGUCAGAGUCUGGAUUAAAGCUGCUGCAGUUUGAAAAGAUCCUCUGACUCACACGAACAACACUUCCCCGGUGCUCCACCGGAACGGGGCUGGAGCGGUCAUGUGUGACGGGCGUGGCGGGGUGGGGAAGUUUGUCCCGGUUUACCUGUGUCUGCGUGUUUGUUCAUGAGAUGUGGUUUGAGGCUCCACUGGGAGAUGAACCCGUCAUCAUCUCACAGAGACAUUUCACAUUCCGCCUGUAACUAUUUACUUCUGCUCAAUUCUAUUGCGUUUUACAACACGAGGAGACGCACUGACGACCGGUAGUUUAUACGGUGCUGCUGAUAAACUAGUCGGUCUCGGUUUCUGUCGGCUUUGAGGAGAAAAGUCGCCGUUUUAUUUAUUUUCAACAUUAUUCGUGUUUUAUGGGACACAUCGUGGGAAGCUGGUGUACACGGAUACGAAUACAACAUGAGCUGAGACAAGUUGAACUCUUGUCGGAAAGGUUUGGUAAAUCUCCCGGUUCAACCGUGGGAUUGUAUAUUUAAUGUUCUCCAGUAAUAUCUGUUGGGUUAUAUUAUUGAUCCGUCAGUGAUUAUCCGUUAGGUAUUGAUAAAGCGUAGCGCCAUGGCUCUGUCUCAGGUGCAGUGUCUCGAUGAGCAUCACAUCAACUGGCGCGUGACCGAGUCCAAACCCGAGUUCUUCUACAGCGAGGACCAGCGGCUCGCGCUCGAGGCUCUGCUGACCGGGGGGCGAGAGGCCUUUAGCAGCUACCUCAGUGAACAUGACCUCCGACACUUCCUGUCUGAACCGGAGCUCCUGCGGCUGGCGCGCACCGUGGAGGCCUACCGGCCUGGAAGCGAGCACCUCAAGGCCGAGGCGGGAGCGCUGGAGUAUGACGGGGGCAAUGGGCCACUGUCAUUACAGUACUGGCCCGACCGCUCUGAAGGCUCUAUACCCGACCUGGACCUGGGCUGGCCCGACGCCGCGUCAUACCGAGGAGUGACGCGUGUCAACGUGCACACGCAGCCCCCGGCUGAUGGACAAACACACAUCAAGGAGGUGGUCCGGAAGACUAUAUCACAGGCUCAGAAGGUUAUAGCAGUAGUAAUGGAUCAGUUUAGUGACGUUGACAUCUAUAAGGACCUGUUAGAUGCGGCCUAUAAGAGAAGAGUUCCUGUCUACAUCGUCAUCGACACAUCUGCUGUGUCCUGCUUCCUGGACAUGUGUUGUAGAGCCAACAUGCACCAGGGACACCUCAAGAACCUGCGUGUGCGAUGUAGUGAAGGAGUAGAGUUCUACACUCGCUCGGCUCAGAAGGUCCGAGGUUCUCUCAGUCAGAGAUACAUGCUGGUAGACGGAGACAGAGCUGUGACUGGAUCAUACAGCUUCACGUGGUCGGCGUCUCGUCUGGACCGGAACCUGAUCACGGUUCUGAGCGGUCAGGCAGUUGAGACGUUCGACAAACAGUUCCGUGACCUCUACAUGACCUCUAGGGGUGUGUCCCUCGCCAAGGUUCCGCUGGAGGAGGAGCCUAUCCCUGACCUCACCCCCAUCACCACCCCCGCCCCGGUCUCCGCAGCCGUUGCUAGGAAACUAAUCAACCCUAAAUACGCCCUAGUUACGUCACAGGCUAAAGCUAACAAUGCUAGCCCAGCUAGCUCUGCUAACAACUCUAGCAACAAGAACUCCACUACCCAAAAUCCACUGGGACGGGUUCUAAAGCCUGCCAGAGAGCCAGUGGAGGCCCCGCCCCUCCACCCAGGACUAGCCAAUCUGGAGAAGGUGUACCUGAUCCCAUACCUGCCCACCUGGCCGGAGCCAGACCCCCCCCGCGACGUGAUUGGCUUCAUCAACGUGAGAGACGCGUCCCGCCCCCAACAGGUCCACCUCCAGAGAAGUCAACAGUUUGAGACCAGCCAGGCCAUCAGGUUCAGCUCUCCCUUCAGCCUGCCUGAGAAACCCCUACCUGAGACUGCUACUCUACGGAAUACACAGCACGACAAACACACGCCUGAUACACAGAACCCUGAUACACAGAACCCUGAUAUGCCUGAUACACAGAACCCUGAUACACAGAACCCUGAUAUGCCUGAUACACAGAACCCUGAUAUGCCUGAUACACAGAACCCUGAUACACAGAACCCUGAUACACAGAACCCUGAUAUGCCUGAUACACAGAACCCUGAUACACAGAACCCUGAUAUGCCUGAUACACAGAACCCUGAUAUGCCUGAUACACAGAACCCUGAUACACAGAACCCUGAUACGCCUGAUACACAGAACCCUGAUACACAGAACCCUGAUACACAGAACCCUGAUACACAGAACCCUGAUACGCCUGACAUAAACCCCUCCGUCCCUCCAGUCCCUAAACCUCGCACCCUGCAGCUCCUCAUUAGCCCUGCCCAUUCUCACCAGUCUGGCCAACCACAGGUCAGCCUGGUCCCCAGGACUGAAAGCCAAUCAGGGACACCGCCUGCCUCCAUCAGCCAAUCAGGGACACCGCCUGCCUCCAUCAGCCAAUCAGAAACACUGAUGGAUACCAAGUCCCGCCAUGGGCAGAGAGACGAGGAGGAGGAGGAGUGGCUAGAGGAGGAGGAGUGGCUGGAGGAGGGGCUAGAGGGGAGGCGGGGCAGCAGUAGUCAUGACGAUAAUGGCAGCACCACGGCGCUAUGUGACCAGACAGCCAAUAACACGUCGUCUGACGACUUAUACUACGAGUGCAACGAAUCAGACCCCACAGAAUCCUCCCCGGUGGCCAAUGGGUUAACAGCAGAGUUGGGCCGGGUUGGCAAGGGUCAUCGUCAUGGAAAUGGAGUCAAUGUGAUGGCGAGGUUCUCCCAGAGCAUGCUGGACCUUCGGCCUCACAGGCAAUCAGACGACAGGGGAGUUCUAAUGAGCCAAUCACAGGACCGAAGGGGCCAACAGACACGCCCUCAGCCACACAGACACAUCGGACAGUUGUUUCAGAGCUCCAGGUCGCCAGGUCGUGAUGGGCGCCAGAGGGGCAGGGCUAAAGUCAUCAUUGCCAAACCAGGAAGUGUCCACCGCUCGCCACUAGCAUCGUUCCCUGCGAUUGGAGGACAUCGCUACUUGCAGGGCCAAUCACUGCAGCCCUCCUCUGACUCAGUCUAA